ACUUCUUUCUGUACUGGGUUAUGGAGUAGACCUGUCUUUGCUAGUUCCUCAUCUCCACUUCUCGUUUUCUUUCUUUCCAAAUAAUUCUUCUUCUUCUUCUUCUUCUUCUUCUUCGUUUUGUUCUCUGCAGAAUUACCGAAGCAAAUAAAUUAAUCCCCACAUAGGCAAACAGAUACUCGUGGAUUUGGGUGUUCGUAAAUAGUAAAUAUUAGUAGCAUCUGAUGAUGGAAAGCCUGGCCUUAGUUUCCUCGCCCAAAAUGGUACUGGGUUGCUCAGCCAAACCCAAAGACAUGGUCUCCGGCAGAUACCCAUUUGGCCUUCCCCGUCAAUUUCACAACACCAGAAGAAUCGGUCUCAAGAGACCCACUACUUCUAUUUCAGCUUUCAAUCCACCUCAGUCUAAUCACGGGCGAACUCCUGUACGCCUCUCCAAAUCCAACGUGCUUGAGAAGUUAGGGAGGGAAGGCUUUGCAAGCAUUACUUCUUCAAAUAGCCAGGAAACGUCUUCAGUUGGUGUUAACCCACCGCUUAUAGUGCCACCGCCACCAUCAUAUUUUGGAUCUCCACUAUUUUGGGUUGGAGUUGGUGUUGGGCUUUCGGCACUUUUCUCAUGGGUGGUUUCAAAGUUGAAGGAAUAUGCAAUGCAACAAGCUUAUAAGACUCUGACGGGGCAGAUGCGCCAAAAUAACCCAUUCAAUAAUGCUGCCUUUUCUCCUGGAUCACCUUCCCCUUGGCCAACUCCUUUAGCAUCAGGGCCUGCUACCUCACCUCCUUUUCCAACUGCACCAACAUCUAGGCCAGCUACAUCAACUUCUCCAGCUACCACUCAAUCUACGGUGACGGUGGACGUAACAGCGACCGAUGUGGAGGCCCCUCCCGCUACAGAUGUGAAAGACAAUACAGAGCUAAAGCAACCAAAGAAAUCUGCAUUUGUUGAUAUUUCUCUCGAGGAAACAUUACAGAGACGUUUCGAAGAUACAAUAAAGUGGGAUUCAACAACGGAUGAUGAGCUUGCUGGUCAGGUGUCCCAAAAUGGAGCUGCUUCCACACCGGGGUUUGGUGCUUCGUCUGAGGGUUCAUCUUCCCAAAAAACAAGUUCUCCUCUGUCAGUGGAAGCUUUGGAGAAAAUGAUGGAAGAUCCAACAGUUCAAAAGAUGGUUUAUCCAUAUCUACCAGAGGAGAUGCGGAACCCAACUACCUUUAAAUGGAUGCUACAGAAUCCACAAUACCGUCAACAGCUGGAAGACAUGCUAAAUAACAUGGGUGGAAGUGCUGAAUGGGACAACCGUAUGAUGGAUUCUUUGAAAAAAUUUGAUCUAAGCAGUCCUGAGGUGAAGCAGCAGUUUGAUCAAAUUGGGCUUACACCCGAAGAAGUUAUUUCAAAAAUUAUGGCUAAUCCUGACAUUGCCAUGGCAUUCCAGAAUCCCAGAGUUCAAGCAGCCAUCAUGGAUUGUUCACAGAAUCCUAUGAGUAUUGCUAAAUACCAGAAUGACAAGGAGGUUAUGGAUGUUUUCAACAAGAUAUCAGAACUGUUCCCCGGGGCGACAGGCUCAUUUUGAUGGUCUUUUAGUUUCAGAGAAAUGCAGAUUAUGGGGGCUGAUCGUGCUAUUUUAUUUUCUCCAGGUUUAUCGAAAAAUAUGCGAAACCGCUGUAUAAAGCAUGUUUCCCCUCAUAUUAAGAGAUUAGGAGAUUAAUUUUGGUUUGGUUUCAUGUUAUAAAUAUCUUAGUUUAAUCCUUCAAAUUGUUGAGUUUGCCUUUUCAAAAUUAUAUUAGUAGGUUUUACUGUAUUUUGCUUUCCAGAAAAACGUUGAUCUGUUCUUUUACCCUUUCUUUUUAAUUGUAUUCGAAACCCGCAUCGGUUUUCAUGUUU